AUGUCUGAAUAACACUUAUAGGAGAGUAAAUUUACAUAUGUAAAGUGAAAUAAAAUUUUAGAGUUCAAAUUUAGUAGUUUAGAGAGAACAUGGUGUUAGAACAGAAGAGCCUUCUGGUGAGCCUGAAUCUUUGGUUGGUAAAAUAAAUCCUAGAUUAAUGGGUACAAAAGCAAUUAGAGAGAAACCAUAAAGGAAUAAAAAAGAAUAAGGAAUAAGAUUAGAUAGAUAGGGUGAGAUUGAAAUUGAAGAUGGGAUAGGGAUGCCAAGAUAUGAUAAUUUAUUAUAUAUUCCAAAAACAAAAGAGAAUAGAUUGCAUUAUGAAAAAUUAUUAGGAAUCGUUUAUGGAUUAUUUUAAGAGUAAUCUUAAGAUGUAAUAAAGUCAAUAGUAGAUGAAGUAUUAGCAAUAAUGAAAAAUGAAAAUAUGAAGGAUUCAGAGAGAAGAUAUGAAGUAGAAGCAUUAAUGGGGAGAUUAUCAAAUGAAUUAUUUUCUGAUAUAGUAUUAUCAACAAAGGGAAUAAGUGAUUAUUAACCAGAGAUUAUUUAUAAAAAUAAUUAAGAAUUAGAUUUGCCAUUAAAUUUAGAAGAGGAAGAGGAAUCAAAUGAUGUAGAUUAAAUUGAAGAAGAUGAUAGUGAUUUAUAGAAAUAAAAUGAUUAUUAAUAAGAUAAUAAUUAAAUAAUUAGAACAAAGAAUUAAGAAGAGUAGAAUAGAAAUAUUAAAUAAUUAGAUAUAGAUGGAUUUUGGUUGUAGAGAGAAUUAUAAAAAAUAUAUAAAGAUGCUAUAUAAGCAUAAUAGAUGGAAUAACUAGUAUUAGAUAUAUUGAAGUUAGAAUUAGAUAUUGAAUGUGAAAAUUAAUUGGUUUAAGUGUUUGGUUAAGAGAGAUUUGAUUUAAUUAGAUUAUUACAUUAAAAUAGAUGUAAAAUAUAUUAUUGUACAUUAUUAAGUAAAGUUUAGAGUAAUGAAUAAAGAUAAUAAAUAUAUUAAUAAAUGGAAUCAACAUAAAAAGGAUUGGAGUUAUUGAUGGAAUUAUAAUAAUAAACUAAAUAUAAUAAGAAUACAACUAAAUUAUAAAUAACAUAAGAAGAUAUGGAAUAAUAGGAUAAUACUUGUGUAGUUAAUACUGAUUUAUAGGGCUUAACUAAAUAAGUGAUAGAUUUAGAACAUUUAUAAUUUAAUACUUAAGGACAUUUGAUGUCAAAUGAUAAAUGUCAUUUACCACCUCGUUCUUUAAAAGUUACUAAAAAAGGAUAUGAAGAAAUAUAUAUACCAGCUCCAAAAUGUAAUAUACGUAAUUAGGAUUUGAUUUAAAUAAAUGAGUUACCUGAAUUUGCAUAAUAAGCAUUUAGAGGAUUUAAAGAAUUGAAUACUAUAUAAAGUAUAGUAUAUGAAACUGCUUUAUUAAGUGAUGAAAAUAUGUUAAUAUGUGCUCCAACAGGUGCAGGUAAGACUAAUGUAGCUUUAUUAACUAUGUUAUAAACAAUUGGAUAAUAUUAUGAUAAUGGUAUUCUUGAUAUUUCAAAGUUUAAGAUAAUAUAUAUUGCACCAAUGAAAGCAUUAGUAAAUGAAAUGGUACACAAUUUCUAAAAUAGAUUAGAACCAUAUAAUAUUAGAGUAGCAGAGGUUACUGGUGAUACUCAUUUAACUAAACAUUAAUUAAAUACAAUUUAAUUAUUAAUUGCUACUCCUGAGAAAUGGGAUAUAUUAACACGUAAAACAUAAUAGAAUGAUUUUAUUCAAUUAGUAAGAUUGAUUAUUAUUGAUGAAAUACAUUUAUUACAUGAUAGUAGAGGUCCUGUAAUAGAAUCUAUAGUUGCUAGAACACUUAAAUAAAUGGAAGAUAGAUAAGAUUAUAUUAGAAUUAUAGGAUUAUCAGCUACACUACCUAAUUAUGCAGAUGUAGCAACAUUUAUAAGAGUUAAAUAAACUGGUGUAUUCUUUUUUGAUAAUUCAUAUAGACCAGUACCAUUAUAAUAAUAAUAUAUUGGUAUUAAUGAAAUGAAGCCUAUAAGAAGAAUGUUAUUAAUGAAUGAAAUACUAUAUGAAAAAGUUAUUGAAAGAAUUACUAAAUCAUAAAUCUUAAUAUUUGUUCAUUCUAGAAAAGAGACUGUUAAGACUGCUAAGAUUCUUAAAGAAAUAGCUUAUUCUAAAGAUGAAUUAUCUAAAUUUAUUAAAGAUGAUAGUUCAUCUAAAAAGAUAUUAGAAACUGUGAUAGCAUAAGAAGAUAUUAAAUCCAUUGAUCUUAAAGACUUACUUGCAAGUGGAAUAGGAAUACAUCAUGCAGGUUUAUGUAGAGCAGAUAGAGAUUUAGUUGAAAGUCUAUUUGAAAAAAAGAAUUUAUAAAUUUUAAUAUCAACAUCAACAUUAGCUUGGGGUGUUAAUUUACCUGCACAUACUGUUAUUAUUAAAGGAACAUAAAUAUAUUCACCAGAAUAAGGAAAAUGGAUGGAAUUAAGUCCUUAAGAUAUUCUUUAAAUGAUGGGAAGAGCAGGUCGUCCUAGAUAUGAUACAUCUGGAGAAGGAAUUAUAUUAACAACAUAUUAAGAGUUAAAAUAUUAUUUAUCUCUUUUAAAUAUGUAAUUACCUAUUGAAUCUUAAUUUAUAACUUAACUUGCUGAUUAACUUAAUGCUGAAAUUGCAUAAACUAAUAUUAAAAAUCUUAAAGAUGGAGUUAAUUGGUUAGCUUAUACAUAUCUUUAUGUAAGAAUGCUGAGAAAUCCUACAUUAUAUAAUAUUCCUGAUUCUAAUCAUGAUUAAUUUCUAAUUAAAUAUCGUGCUGAUCUAUUGCAUUCUGCCUCUUUAUUAUUAGAUAAGAAUAAUCUAAUUAGUUAUGAUAAAAAAACAGGAAAUUUGGAAACUACUAUUCUUGGUAAAAUUGCUAGUAAUUAUUAUAUUAAAUAUCCAAGUAUGUAAGUAUAUAAUUAACAUCUUAAAUCUAAUAUGGGAAUGAUUGAUAUAUUUAAAGUAUUCUCUUUAUCCCAUGAAUUUAAAUUAAUACCUAUAAGAGAAGAAGAAAAAAUUGAAUUAUCUAAAUUAAUGAUGAGUGUACCAGUUCCUAUUAAAGGAUCUCCUGAAGAUCCAUCUACUAAAAUCAAUGUUUUACUUUAAGCAUAUAUAAGUAGAUUAAAAUUAGAAGGAUAUGCACUCAACUCUGAUAUGGUUUAUAUUACAUAAAGUGCUGCUAGAAUUAUGAGAGCAUUAUAUGAAAUAUGUUUAUAUAAAGAAUGGGCUUAAAGUGCACUAUAAUGUCUACAAUUAUCUAAAAUGAUUGAAAAACGGAUGUGGAAUUGUAUGACUCCUCUUAGAUAAUUUAAAGGAUUACCAGAUGAUUUACUUAGACGAAUUGAAAAAAAAGAAGGAAUUACAUGGGAACAUCUUUAUGCUAUGUCAUCAUAAUAAUUAGGAGAAUUAAUUAGAUAUUAAAAUUCAAGUAUGACAAAAUUAAUACAUAAAUAUAUUCACAAAUUUCCUAAAAUUGAAAUCUAAGCAUAUGCAUAACCUAUUACUAGAUCAUCUCUUCGAAUUGAUCUUAUGUUGUCUUGUGAUUUUUAAUGGGAUGAAAAAAUACAUGGAAGAUAAGAACCUUUUCAUAUCUUUGUCUUAGAUUCUGAUGCUGAAAAAAUUAUGUAUCAUGAAUUAUUUCUAAUGAAAUAAAAAAUAUAAGAAAUGUAAUUUACUUUUACUGUCCCAUUAUAUGAAAUCAUGCAUCCAAUCUAUUAUAUUAAAGUUAUAUCAGAUAAAUGGAUCUCUUGUGAAACUGAAUAGCCUAUACCUUUUAAAAAUCUUCUAUUACCAGAACCUUUCAAUAGAUGUACUGAAUUACUUUAAUUAACUUUAUUAUCUAUUGAUCAAAUUAAACAUUCUCAAAUUGAAAAUAUAUUAGCAAAAAAAAUUAUGAAUAACAGAUAUUUUGAUUCAAUUUAAACUUAAGUAUUUCAAAACUUGUAUUAAACAAAUGAUAAUAUUUUUAUAGGAGUAUCAACAUAUCAAACCAAAAAUAUAUUACCAAUCUUGGCUAUUUUAUAAAUGGUAAAUCAUUUUAAAGGUUAUAAAGCUAUUUAUAUAUCAUCUAUUAAUUGUGAAAUUAAGUUUAAUUAAUUUGUUUAGCUAUUUAAUAAGACACUUUCCUUAAAAAUUGGCAAGCUGACUGGACAAUAAUAAACAGACAACAAAAUUCUUGAAUAAUGUGAUAUUAUCAUUUCAAAUCCAGUAAAUUGGGAUAUAAUGAGUAGAAGAUGGAGAUCUAAAAAAGGAUUUAAAGAAAUUAGAUUGCUAAUAGCUGAUGAUUUACAUACUCUAAAUUAAUCUGGAAGUGUAUUAGAAGUUAUUGUAUCAAGAAUGAGAAUGGUAUCAAUGGAAAUUCCAUUCAGAAUAGUUGGUUUAUCAUUGUCAGUUGCUGAUUAUAAAGAAAUGAGUGAAUGGUUAGGUGCCAAAUACUCAUACAAUUUUUCUCCAAUUAUCAAACCAAAUAAUAUUCAAAUUUAGAUUAGUUCAUUUGAUUAAUGUUAAAGACCAUUGAGGAUAUAAGCUAUGAUCAAUGCAAUGAAAACUAAUUUAUCUAAUUCAGAAUUAAAUAUAAUAUAUGUUUCUGAUAGAAAAUUAGCUAGAGUUUGUGCCUUAGAACUUAUGAUUAAUAAUAAUUAUUAAUUAUCUGGUUAUUAAAUAAAAGAAGAUUAAUAUCUUUAACAUACAUUACAAUCAUCUGUAGGAUUUUUAUAUGAAUGUAUGAAUCCAUAAGAUGAAAAUGAAGUAUUAAAGUUUAUACAUUCUAAUCAAUUAAGAAUAGUUGCAAUACCAUAUAAAUAAGCCUUGCAUUAUAAUUUAAAAGGUUAAGUCUUUAUUUUAGAUAAUUAAAAAUAUGAUGGAAUCGAAAAAAGAUACAUAGAUUAUACAAUUGCAGAGAUGUUGGAAAUGAUAGAAAGUACAACAUCUUAAUGUCAUAUUCUUACCUAUACUCCUAAAAAGGAAUAUUAUAAGAAAUUCUUAUAUGAACCAAUGCCAAUUGAAUCACAUUUGAAUCAUCAUUUAGCAAAUCAUUUGAAUGCUGAAAUAGUUGCAAAAAAUAUUCAUAAUACUUAAGAUUGUAUUGAUUGGAUUACUUGGACAUUUAUGUAUAGAAGAUUAACAUAAAAUCCUAAUUAUUAUAAUCUUCAUGAAGUGAAUGGUGUUGCGAUAAAUAAUUAUCUUAGUGAACUUAUAGAAACUACAAUUGAUGAAUUACAUGAAAGUAAAUGUAUUGCAGUUGAAGAAGAUAAUGAAUUAGAAGCAAUCAAUUCAGGAAUUAUAGCUAAUUAUUAUUACAUCAAUAUAGAAACUGUUAAAAAUUAUUCAGAUAAAAUUAAUUCAAAUUCUAAAUUAAGAGAACUUUUAUUUAUUUUAUCUGAAGCCAAAGAAUUUGAAGUCCUUAAUAUUCGUAAUGGAGAAGAAAACUUACUUGCCUAAUUACUUUAGAAAAUCCCUUAUUAACCAACUAAUCCUAAAUUGAAUGAACCAAAUACAAAAGCAUUGAUCUUAUUAUAAGCUCAUUUUUCUAGAAUUAAAUUAAAUUCUGAUCUUAAAUCAGAUCUUACUAUUUUAGAAAUAGCUAUUAGAUUGAGUACUGCUAUGGUUGAUAUAGCAUCAUCUAAUUUAUGGCUUAAACCUGCUAUUCUAUCUAUGUAAAUUUGUUAAAUGAUUGUCCAAAGUCUCUGGGUUGAUUAAGACAGUGUUCUCUUAUAAUUACCUUACUUUACCUAACAAACUAUUUAAAAUCUCAAAGACUACAAUAUUGAAGAUUGGGCAGAUUUUUUUGAUAUGCAAGAGUCUGAUAGAACUUAAAUUCUAUAGAACUUUACAUCAAAUUAGAUCGAAGAUAUAGCUUAAGCUGGAAAUAGGUAUUUAUAAUAAUUAUUAUUAAAGAAUACCAUCUAUUGAAAUUACUGAUAUCAUAUCAGAACCUGAAGUUGUUUAAGGGGAUAUUUACCAUGUCUAAGUCAUUCUAUCAAGAUAAGAUAAUAUAUACACUGAUUAUGUUAUUGCUCCAAAUUAUCCUAAACCUAAAGAAGAAUAAUGGUGGGUUUUGUGCGCUGAUAGAACCUCGAAUCGAUUAUUUGGUAAUAAGAAGAUCUCUUUUUCAUCAAAUAUCAGAGUUGACCUGAGAUUUUAAGCCCCAGAAGCAGGUGAAUAUGAACUAACCAUUUAUGCUAUUUGUGACUCCUAUAUUGGGGUAGAUACUACAUCUCAAUUUCAAUUAAAAGUUAAUCCUAUUAUAGAAUAAGAAUAAGAAUAAUGA